AUGGCGUUCGCCCCGAAACCCGGUUGCCCAAUGUGCAGCAUCGUCUCCGCAGCUGCGUCCACCGUUCCUGGCACACCUGGAUCUCCGUCCAACGCCGCACAGCAGCACGAGAUACUCUGGCGAGACGACAACUUCACCGUCUAUCGGGAGACUCAGUACCCAGUCUCGAGCAAGGGUCACAUUAUCAUAGUGUUCAACCUUCAUGUCCCGUCAAUAUAUACCUUGUCCUCGAGCGACCUCCCCAUCCUCGUCUCCCUACGAGACACAGCCCACCGUCUCCUCUCGUCCUUCCAAAACCCGCCCUCGCCCCUAUCAUCCCCCGUGGCCUCGAUGCAGCCCCAGCAGCCCCUGACCUCCGUCUCGCGCCUCCGCAGCACGCGCGAGGUCUUCCGCAUCGGGUUCAUCACGCCCCCCUUCAGAGACAACAAGAUCCCCGUGACGGAUCACCUCCACGCGCACGGGUAUGUCCUCCCCGCAGACCUCCUGGGCUGGUGGCGCGCCGUCGGCUACAGCGCCAUGGCCUGGUACGACAUCGACGACCUGAUCGCGGAGAUUCGCGAAGAGACCUCGAACAACCGGGUUCGGUCUGGCGUGAAUCCGCGGCCGAUCGACUUCGUUCCGGCUGCCGGAGCGCGGAGAGGCACCGCAGAUGGGAUCGAGACGACGGACGCUGCUCUAGGCGUCAUCGACCCAGAGCUUGGUGUGGGCAACCCGGCGAGCCCUUUGUUGCUCCCACCCACACCGAACACCAUCCGGGCUGGACCCUCGUCGUCUUCACCCGACGCUUCUAUACCCCAUCUGCAGGUCUGA